CCCUGAUCUAUUAACAAUAUUAUGCUUCGGCUCCGGUAUAUUGGAGUAUUUGCUUGAAUUAAGGUGGGAUUGGAGGGAGCAGGCCAUUUGGAGGGAUCAGGCCAGAUGGAUGGAGCAGGCAAGUUGGAGAGAGCAGGCCCCUUGCCGGAACCCUAUGCCAGGUACCACCUUAUGAGUUUACUCAAAUCCUCCGUUAUCCCUCUUAACCCACACAGAUCUCAGGAUUAAAUAUUAAUCUUUACACUCGGAGUCUGGAGAUAACAAGAAGCCGCUAGAAAAUCACCGGCUCUGGAGCCAGGAUCUCAAUCUGAUAUGCAAAAUUUUGGGUUUGGAUAUCCGUGAUUUCCUUGGAAUCCCAAAUUCCUUAGAGUUCAAGCAAAAGUUCCAACUUGUAACAUAAAAAUUUAUUUUUUUAUUUUUUUUAUUAAAAAAUUUUUUUUCGAUUUUCGUUUUUCGAUUUUCGAUUUUCGAGGUUAUUUUUCUUUCGAUUUUCGAUUUUCGAUUUCGAAGAUUUUGAAAAAUAUUUUCGAUUUUCGAUUUCGAUGUUUUUGGAUUUUUUUCGAUUUUCGAUUUCCGAUUUUCGAAGAUUUUUUUGUUUCGAAACAUCUCUGAUCAUGUCUCCAAUUCAUUGAAUGAUAACAAGCACUCAAGAAGCAGACUUGAGCUUUAUUUGCUUAAAAAGAAGCUGAGGCUUGAAAGUGCUAGACUUGUUCAAAGAGCAAAACUCUGUAUUCCAAUUAAUAUGGCUGCCAAACAUUAUGUUAAUUAUACGGGAGCAGCACUACGAAUACGAAGAGUAAACAAAGGCCGAGGAAAUUUUGAGGGAAAGAUACGAGAAAAUCGCUUCAAAAAGUGUGCGCAGAUUUUGCAGCAUCAGAUCACUAGAGACGGUAAAAGGCAUUUGUUUAACGCUCGUUGCCAAAAUUUCUGUUUACCCUGGGCUGUAUAUUGUGCUGACCACAUUGCUUAUAGUGUGACACAACAACUAUUUGCUUAUUGCAAGUGGCGAUUUUGUAAUGUUGCUGUACCAGCCACGGAUGCUCUACUCUUUGAGGGAUUUUGCAGGCGCCAUUACUUGGAAAAACAAAAGAUGUCACAGAAUUUAAAUUCUGGCCAUUCAAAUCAGGACGCGCCCACACAAUUUAUGAGAAGAGAACUAUCCGGAUCAGUCUUAAUUGCAAGAAAUUUAUGUGAAAAUCCACCAACGGGAACGUUUCCGGAUGAUGCAUACCCAUGUACAAACACGAAUAGAGAUGAUCAUCUAAAUGUUGUUGAUGGUGACGUCUCGCUGGCAUCAGUUGCUAAAGAUCUAGGAUUCGAUGGUCGCGAACUCACGGAUAUGCUUGAGAGGUUGCCCGUCGAAGAAGCAUUUGAAGGUGAAAUGGAACCUGAUGACGAGAAUUUUCUAAACGGCGUGAACAAAGAUGAUUCUGAUGAAGUACCUCCUGGAAUUAGCUUGGGACACAGUUGGGCAGACGUGGAACAAUUUUUGUUGGAACAAGAACAACAGUCAAUAUCUGACGAGUCCACCCCUCAGUUUUGA